AUGAAUCCCCUCCUGGUUCUCGCCUUCUUGGGAGCUACUGUUGCUUUCGCCACUGCUGACGACGAUGACAAGAUCGUCGGGGGCUACACCUGUAAGGAGAAUUCCGUCCCCUACCAGGUGUCCCUGAAUGCUGGCUACCACUUCUGCGGUGGCUCCCUCAUCAGUGACCAGUGGGUGGUGUCUGCGGCUCACUGCUACAAGGCGGCCAUUAGCUCAGAAUUUUCAGGAAGAGGGUCUGAAUAUCACCGCACACAGGUGAGACUGGGAGAGUACGACAUCGAAGUUGUGGAGGGGAACGAGCAGUUCAUCAACGCGGCGAAGAUCAUCCGCCACCCCAACUACAACAGCUCGACCCUGGACAAUGACAUCUUGCUGAUCAAGCUCGCCUCGCCUGCGGUCAUCAAUGCCCAGGUGUCCACCAUCUCCCUGCCCAGCGCCAGUGCAGCUGCUGGCACCGUGUGCCUCAUCUCCGGCUGGGGCAACACCCUGAGCUCUGGCUCCAACUACCCGGACCUGCUGCAGUGCCUGGAAGCCCCGCUGCUGAGUCAGGCCGAGUGUGAGGCCUCCUACCCCGGGGACAUCACCGACAACAUGAUCUGCGCCGGCUUCCUCGAGGGAGGCAAGGAUUCCUGCCAGGGUGACUCUGGGGGCCCCGUGGUCUGCAAUGGACAGCUCCAGGGAAUUGUCUCCUGGGGCGAUGGCUGCGCCCAGAAGAACAGGCCUGGCGUCUACACCAAGGUGUUCAACUAUGUGGACUGGAUUCAGCAGACCAUCGCUGCCAACAGCUGAAGCCCCCAGUCCCUCCGCCAUCACCAUGCUAAUAAA